CAGCCAGCUCAGUCGCGCCGCGCGCAUCGACCGUUUCACCCGCACUGCGAACCUGCGAUCGAUCGCCUUGCGUCUGAUAACGCUAACGUGUCCAGUGGCUCACAGUGUUGUGACUUUGUGAUUCUGUUAUCGGUGUUAUCGUUUUUUUAGGAACAUUGCCGAUCCCUCCCUUUGAACCGUCGCCUGCGCCGACGCAGCCGCUCCAUGAGCAUUCCUGGCAUGAGAGCAGAGUGCGUGCACGGUGCGGCGAUAUGGUUGCGUGAGCGGUCAUCAUGCGCCUCUUCCGCGGGCCGAAGCGCAGGGAAGUGACCGCGCCGCCCGCCGCGCCACCCGCGCCUCCCGCCGCCGCGUCUCCGCGAAGAGACGCUCACCCGCCGCACGCCCUGCACGCCCCACAGGCCCCUCAGCACUACACGCUUGUCACCGCACUCCCAGCCAUGGUUAUGGAGGACGAUGUAAAAGAAAUGAAGAAAGUGUUUGCAACGUGGGGUCGUAGAAUGGGCAAAAAGCUGGACAUGCUAAAGAAACCUGACGGUAAAGAAGCUUCGGAAGAAGUACCAUCUUCAGAAGCUGUUAACGAUGAAUCGCCGUUGCCUAUAAUAGGCCAAUAUAAGAAAAAACAAAAUUGGAAAAUGGGACGCAGCAGUUCCGACUCGACUGCUCUUAAAAAAGAUAACGAUACAGAUUCAAUUCGAAGCGGCUCGAGAGACCGAUCGCCAAGUCCAUUUAAAACAUUUUUCCAUAGAAUGGGUUCGACUGGAAUGUUAAAUUCAUCCAAAUCACAUUCUCUUAAUUCUCAUAGGACAUCCGAACAUAGUUCUAGCCAACCAAAUACUCCGUCUCUUUACCGUAGUUGUUCUACCUCCCAUUUAUCUACUUAUGUCAAAGCUGAUGAUCCCUCCGAUGGAAUAGACUUGCAGAAUAGCGAAAGUGAAAGUAACAAGUCGUCACCCUUAAAACAGAAACAUAACAUAAUAUCAGAUGAAAAUUUGGUCAGCUCUUCAACAAAGGCAAUUAGCUGUGACAAUAUUCCUAAAUUAGAAGGGCAAACGAAUACUCUAUCAAAAAAGCCAAAUUUCCCAUAUGCAUUUUUACGUUCAAAAUUAUCAGUUUUGCCUGAAGAAAAUAGUAUGGCCCACAGACCAACAGUUUCUGUAAGGCAAAGCUUUUCAGAAAGAAUAGAUAGAAAAUCACCAAAGUUUCGAAGGGAAAGAUUAUACCUCCCAAAUUCCCGUUCAGAGGAACGAUAUCAAAGCAGUGAUAAUAUAACCGUCCAAGAUGAAAACAUAUUAUUUAACUCUAAUCUCAGAGAAAAUUGCGAUUUUACAAGAAGCUCUAUGAGAAGUGUUAAUGAUUUCGACGCAAAUAUCUAUUCAUACAGAAAAAAUGACGAUAUCUCUAGACGUUCAUCAAUGAUUUCACAAAGGGGACCUUUAGAUUAUGACCCUAUGCUAGUUCCAAGAAACAGAAAUAGCCUACCAGUAUAUGAUUAUUGUGCAGGACUGGGAUCUUCACAAGAACUUAAAACAGAUCUUGCUUCUUCAAACCAAAGUAUUCAUCAAGAAGUUCUACAUGCUCACCGUCUGAGCAAUUAUGUCAGUUCGAAUGAAUCGGGAUAUGAUAGCGAUAGUCGACCAAUGGACGAACAUAGCAAUCAUUCCCCGCCAAUAUACUCUUAUCAUUUAAUGAGCGGUACGGCGAGAGCUGACACGAAUGUAAGGCAGUUUGAUGGUAAUAGCGGUAACUUUACAAGGCAACUAAGUUUUAACCAGAAAAUAGAUGUAAACAAAAUACAAAUUCCUGCAAGGCGAAGCUCUACACCAUGUGCUCUAUUUCCUGUAGAAAAAGAUGUAUCUUACGAAUAUGACAAUAAAGUAUCUGAAAAUAAACUAUAUGUCAAUAAUAACUCCAACCAGCAAAUUCCAGUAGAUUACAAUGAUGCUAAACCUCCACCAUUACCAAAGAAAUCGAUCAAUAAAAAAAUACCGUACGUCUACAAAACUGUAACAUUAGAUGAGCGCGUCCAAACGAGAAGAGUCAAGUUAUUACAUUCCCAAAUAUUACCAAUUCAACAUUUGUCUACGCCAAAUUUGAAUCAUAAUGACAUGGUGAGUGACCGGCAUAUCCAACCUCAGCAACCAAUGCCCGAAAGAGAUAUUUUAGGAAGAGGACCGUGUACUAAAAGGUUUAGAAAAAUCAGAUUAUUGAAAUCUCGACUGGAUGAAAGUCUUGGAGUUUAUCUCGCACAGCAUAGAGUAGAUUUCGAUAAUAGUGGUUCCAAUUAUGAAAUCCGUUACAUUGUGGUAAAACUAGAUUUUGAUGGAAUUGCACACAGAGAUGGACGACUCAGAAUAGGGGACGAAAUUGUUAACGUAAAUGGAAGGGUUUUAAGAGGAUUGUCAUCUUUAAAAGAUGUUCAACACAUAGUGAAUUCAUGUUCCACUGAAACGAACGUCGAGGAAAAAACUCUAUUUCAACGAUACCAGGUCGAUCUUGUUAUGGCUCAUGAUGAAAUAACACCGAUUACUUUAAGCCGCAUUAUAAAUAGUCAACCCACUGAACCGAUGUCUACUCCAUCUUCUUUAAAUGUUCCUCCUGAUAUAAUUUCACAAACUGUUCACAAACCGUCUUUAUCCAAUCAACUUACUAUAGAAACACAUUUUCCUGCUGAAAACCAGUAUAGCAAACAUACGUCGAAUAAUAAGAAUUCACAUGCCAAUAAAUACGAGGCUAACCAGAAAUGUGAAAUUGGAAUUCAAGUUAACCAUGGUGUAAUAUCGAAUCAAAAAAGUGAUGACGAAAAGUUGCUAGAAAGACGCUAUGCGCAACCUAGUUCAUUACAAAAUAUUACGAAUAUAGAAAUUUCAAUGAGGUCUUCUCCAGUCCCAAGAAAUAAGGGAGCAAACGGUUACAGGCCAAUAUCCUUUCAUAGCUCCAGGCCACAACCGAUAAUAGGGAACUACGCAGCUUGCAAUGAAAACACAUCAAACGAAAUCAAAGAAAAUACGUCACACUAUAUAAAACAUGUUUCUAGAUUAUACCAAAACAGAUCUUUUGAGAGCAUACCAGACCAGUUGCGUAGCAGUAGUCGAAGCAGAUUCUUCAAUAGAGUUGGAUCACAACGUGGUCCACAAAACGCAAGCCCACACGUAUCUCGGCAACAGGAAUAUAACGCAGCCAUUAAUCACGAACAGCAACAUAACUCUAAUAGCUCGGUGCACAAAGCUGAAUUCUGGAAGGGGCCAGGCCAUAAGAGUUUGGGUUUUAGUAUUGUCGGUGGCACUGAUUCUCCAAAGGGACAAAUGGGAAUAUUCGUUAAGACUGUCUUCCCAAACGGGCAAGCCGCUGACAAGGGAACUAUCUUUGAAGGUGACGAGAUCUUGUCGGUUAAUAAUGUUCUAACACGUGGAUUGAGCCACGCUGGAGCUAUUUCGCUUUUCAAACAAGUUAAAGAAGGAAAAAUAGAAUUGACGCUUUCAAGACGAAGAGCACCUAGGUCAAGAUCGGUAGAACCUCUGGGUAAUUUUCGCGCUGACGGCAAAUAAAACAGAACUAAAGGCAUUCAAGACCCCAAAGAAUUCAACAUAUUAUAAUGGUGUGCAAUAUUAUUGAUUUCAUCAAUUAGCCAAAGGCGAAAUUCGUUUUACUAUUGAAUCACAGUUUACGUUUCACUUUAUUGAAAUGAAUAUAGUACGCAGUACUGUUUCUAUUAUUUCCUUAAAAGUACAUCGUUGCAACAACGAAUAUGUUAGUAUAUAAGCUUAUUUGCUUU